GUUGUAGUUGGGUCAAACAUUUCUAUAAAAGCUAACGGCUAUAAUCUUCUCAUCUUCUUCUCUCUCUCAGUCAUCGGACAAAAAUUUAAGGCAACCCAUUGAGUUAAACUCGCCGAAAAACUCUCCUCUUCCCUCAAACACCCAAGACCUAAAUCUAGGAAAACCGGCAAUUCAUCGGCUCGGGCAAUUAAUCGCCAAUCUUGUUAAUUUUUUUGUUUAAUUUAAGGUCCUAAUCUUCUUACAUUAUCUUUUGGUUCUUUCUUAGGCAAGAAUCCACAACACACGCUUUCUCUCUCUUCCCUCUAAUUGCAGCAUUGCCUCUGCUUCUUUACAAUCUUUUGAAUUUUUCUUCUGCAUUCAAAUUUCACUCUGAGAAGUGUUGUCUUAUAAUGGUGUUUACUUAUAAACCCAGAAGCUGAAAAGAACAACCCUGGUUUGGUUUUCUUUUCCUUAUUCAGCUUCUGGGUUUAUUUUGUAAUUCUCAGUUUCAAUGGGAUUUACUUUUUUUAGGGUUUGAUUUGAUUACAUUUCUUGGGUUCUUUUUGGUGGGUUUUGGAUUACUUUUUCUGGGUCUUGUUUUAAUUUCUUAAUUGAUUGAAAUUUUUUGAUUAAUUAAUAAUUUUUGUAGCUGAAAAGGGAAACUUUUUUUGUUUCCUUUCGAAUUUUCAGCUUCUGUGAUUAAUUUUUAUUUUGAUUUUGAGUCUAAUUCUGAAUAGAUUUAGAGAAGGGAAGAAAGAAAAAAACAUAGUGAAAAAAUGUCUGUUGUUGAUGUUGCUUUGAGGCCGAUUCUGAAAGAAUCGAAAUUUUUUCAAGGCCACUUCAACAAUAGCAAGCAGGGAAAUAUUCCUGAAGAGUCAUCGAUUUUAAUCUAUCUUAGUGUUGCUGGUUCCCUCAUUCCGAUGCGGGUUCUAGAGUCGGAUUCUAUAGCAUCCGUUAAGCUAAGGAUUCAGACAUGUAAAGGGUUUGUAGUGAAAAAACAAAAGCUAGUUUUUGGAGGCAGAGAGUUGGCUAGAAAUGAUACACUUGUUAAGGAUUAUGGUGUCACUAAUGGCAAAGUUUUGCACUUAGUUCUUAAGUUAUCUGAUCUCUUGCGUAUCACUGUCAGGACUAAAUGUGGGAGGGAAUUUGAGUUCCAUGUCGAUAGAUAUAGGAAUGUGCGGUACGUAAAGCAACGGAUAUUUAAAGAGGGGAAAGGUUUUGUUGAUGUUGAUGAGCAAGAGAUUUUUUAUAAUGGUGAAAAGCUUGAUGAUCAGAGUCUUAUUGGUGAUAUUUGUAGCAAUAGUGAUGCUGCCAUUCAUUUGCUGGUCCAAAAGUCUGCGCAUGUUAGGGCUAAGCCUUUGGAUAAAGAUUUUGAGAUUUCUAUUGUAGCUGCUGAUUCUAACGAGAGAAGAGAAAGUGUAGUGCAAGGACAGAAUCAAUCUGAAGAGAUACAGAUACAGGCUCUGCCUAAGGAGCAACCUAGUAGAGAUUUUUGGUUGGAACCACUUAAUGUUAAUCCUAAGAUCAGAUUGAACUCAGUUUUUUGGGACAUGGUUAAUUCUACAUUUGACGGGUUGGAAAGUGGUAAGCCACCGAUCCGAUCAUCGGAGGGUACAGGGGGAACUUAUUUUAUGCAAGAUCCAUUAGGCCAAUCAAUUGUUGCUGUUUUUAAGCCUAUUGAUGAGGAACCAUUGGCUGUGAACAACCCGCAAGGACUGCCUGUCUCCUCUAAUGGCGAAGGGCUGAAAAGGGGAACAAGAGUGGGAGAAGGAGCAGUGAGGGAAGUAGCAGCUUACAUAUUGGAUCAUCCGAUGAGUGGUCCGAGGGCGGUAACCGGGGAAGUUAAUGGUUUUGCUGGUGUGCCUCCUACUUUAAUUGUUCAAUGCUUGCAUGAAGGAUUUAAUUAUCCAGAAGGGUAUGAGAAUUCGUUAAAGAAUGCCAAGAUUGGAUCUUUGCAGAUGUUCAUGAAGAAUGAGGGAAGCUGUGAUGAAGUGGGUCCAGGGGCUUUCCCUGUGAAAGAGGUGCAUAAGAUCAGUGUGUUAGAUAUAAGAACAGCCAAUGCAGAUAGACAUGCUGGAAAUAUAUUGGUUGGCAAAGGGGACGAUGGUCAGACUGUGCUGAUUCCGAUUGAUCAUGGCUAUUGCUUUCCUGAAAAAUUUGAGGAUUGUACAUUUGAGUGGCUCUACUGGCCGCAAGCUCGCCAACCCUACUCACCUGAGGUGGUUGAGUACAUAAAUUCACUGGAUGCUGAACAAGAUAUCUCACUUCUGGAAUCUUACGGGUGGGACAUUCCUCUCGAGUCUGCCCGUACUCUCCGUAUCUCCACGAUGCUUCUGAAGAAAGGAGUAAAGAAAGGCCUCACUCCAUAUGCCAUUGGAAGUAUCAUGUGCAGAGUAAAUCUGAACAAGGCUUCCGCGAUUGAGGAAAUUGUUCGUGAAGCUGAAGAUUCCGUGCUUCCCGGUAUGAGUGAAGCUGUAUUUCUUGAAACUGUAUCCCAGAUCAUGGAUUCCCACCUCGACAAACUCGUGAACUGAUUUUUGCCUCGGGAUCCAAUGACGAGCUGAAUAAUCGAUAUGGUUUAAAUUAUAGGUAUAUAUGUGAAUGUAUGUAUUAAUGAAAUGGUGAGUCCAUUUUUAGAUGGACUGAAAUGAUGUAUUGGCUUAUCUUGUUAUGGAAAACCAUGAAUAACAUAUUUUAUGGUUAGAGUACUAUAUAAUAUAGAUUGCAGGGAUAUAUAAACAAGUGUUAUGUACAUAUUUGUUUAAUCAUGGGGCCUGUAAAUGAGAAGCUAUCGGAGUUGGGCGACAUUUUUGUGGUAACUUUCUGUGGGAGAGAAAGGUUCAAACUUAUUGUAUAACCGAAAGAGUCUCGAGUAAAAUUGUAUGUAUCCUCUCUUAUCACUGUUUUAUGUAACAAAUAAAUGCAAAUAAAAAAUAGAGUGGAUUGUGCUUCA